GAAUCCUUUGAUAGCAUCGCUGAUAAAUUAUAUCAAAUUUGGGUAAAAACAAAACAGUUUCAAUCGUGGGAAAUUGAAAGUGUUAGCAGUACUGACUCAAUUAUAAACAGCAAUUGUAGUGAUACUUCAGAAAAUAUGGAAAGGAAUCAAAAUGAUACUAUUAUAGCACCUUUUCAAGGAAGCAAUGAAAGUUUCUCAGGGAUGAUACUGCCAGUAACAAUGUAUGGAUCACCAUCAGGAACUACCACACCUCAACCACUAUCUAAUAUACAAUCGUAUAUACAACCACGACAACUAUAUCUGGGAGAUAGGAAGCAAUAUGACGAAGAAGAAAAUGAUACAUAUGUCCCUGAUUAUGAACAAAAUAUCCUAUUUGGAUAUGUUAAUGACGAUAAUGAAACAUUACAGGGAACAUUUUUCUUUGACAAUGCAAAUGAACUAAAAAAAGGAGGAAUCCUAAGUAGAAUACCUCGAAGAGUUACAUUUAAUACAAGUAAUAAUAGAAGAUUUCCAUCCCCUGUUAGGACAGAAAAUGUUCAACAAUUAGUAGCCUUAACAUUAUCCAGUAAUCAAUCGUUAAGGCUAUCAAAUUUAAGAGUAACAACUCCAUCGGUAGGAAAUACAAAUAGUAGAUCAUUAUUGGGAAAUCCCUACAAUUUUUCCCAAGCAACUCAAUAUAGUCAUAUAUUUGACCCCUUAGCACUACUUGAUUCUUUCCAAAAUAGCAACCCAUCUACAACCUCUAGUUUUACAACUGCAAACUGGCAACCAGUAAAUAAUUGUUGGCUUGAAAGUAACUCAAGUAACAGAGGAAAUAAUACAAUGGGAUAUCAAAAUAUAACUACCAAAGGAACCCCAUACAUAACAACUUCUCAGUCAAUACCUAGCAGUCAACUGUCAAAUAAUAUAAACACCUCUCAGCCAAUACUUACAUCUCAACCAGCUAUAGUACCAGUAGGAGAAAACAAUGACAAUGCCUACCUCUAA